AUGCCUCACCUCCGAGCUCACGAAGUCCAGCAGCUGUUGCACAACAAGUUCGUCGUCGUCCUGGGGGACUCGAUCCAGAGAGCCGUCUACAAGGACUUGGUGCUCCUGCUCCAGAAGGACUGCCUGCUGUCUUCCAGUCAGCUGAAGAGCAAGGGCGAGCUGAGCUUCGAACGCGACGUGCUGCUGGAGGGCGGCCGCUGGGGACGCAUGCACAAUGGCGCCCACUACCGCGAGGUGCGCCAGUUCUGCUCCGGGCGCCACUUGGUGCGCUUCUAUUUCCUCACGCGGGCCUACUCGUCCUAUGUGGAGGACAUCCUGCAGCAGCUGCGAUGGGGCGAGUAUGCCCCCGACUUGGUGGUCGUGAACUCGUGCCUCUGGGACCUGUCCAGGUACAGAAGCAAUUUCCUGAGAAACUACCGAGAGGACGUGGAGAGGCUCUUCCAACGCCUGGAUCAGGUGCUGCCUGCCAGCUGCCUGGUGGUAUGGAACACCACCAUGCCUGUGGCCGAGGUCGUGUCUGGGGGCUUCAUCCCGCCGGAUGCUCCAGGCUGCCCCUCACGCCUGCGCGAAGACGUGAUGGAGGCCAACUUUUACAGCUCAGCUGAGGCGUCGAGGCGUGGCUUCGACGUGCUGGAUCUCCACUUCCACUUCCGCCAUGCUGGGCAGCAUCGGCUGAGCGACGGCGUGCACUGGGAUGAGCGGGCGCACCGCUACCUCUCGCAGCUGCUGCUGGCACACGUGGCAGACGCCUGGGGCGUCAUCCUCCCAGCUCACAACCCCGUGGGAAGGUGGAUCAGGGAUGUUCCUGCAGAUAGACAUCCCAACCGGGCCGACCGAAGGCAUCCUCAUCCUCAUCGAGACCACCACCACUAUGGGCAACAUGAAACCCCCGGGGCCAGGCAUUCUCCCUCUCUCAGGUACCACCACCACAACCCUCAGAGAUCUUCCUCACACCCUCGAAACCUGCCCAGCCACAGAGAGGAUCGGAUUGCCUCCUCUCCAUCUUCUCAACAGCAACCCUUCCACAGAGAUUCCCCGAGGCGCAGGCAUGGAUACUUCAGGGAAACCAACUCAACUGAUCGUGAGCAUAGACCCGGUCCCAUCCGCAGAAUCUAUUCCCACCAUGAAACCAGGGAGUCUUCCCCUUACCCUCCCCGGCACCACAGUGAGCCACACAGAUCUCAUAGAAGGCAUAGCCACCAUCGGCACACCUAA